CCAGCAGCCGCUCCAGCCCUGCCGAAGUUUCACUUUUUGUCUCUGGGUCCGCUCCCGGGCCCCGCGCGAGCUUUCCCGGGAUAAGUAGCGUUAGCGAGCAGGGGAGAGCCGGGCGCUGCAAGAAAUUGAAGCAAAUCCUGAUGACCAGCGUGUUGGGAGAGGCCUGAAGGAAGCUGGCCCAGUGAACUGCACUCUCAGAGCUUCUUGGGUACCCUCUGCUCCCAGGUGAUCUGCAGCUGACCUCUGGCGAGCAGAGCUGAAAGGGGCCUCACCAGGACCACAGCACUGGGUAGUGGCAGAGCUUGGACAAGAACCCAGCUAUUAGUGAAUUCCUCUUCUUUUGAUUUCCUGUGCCAGUUUCAGGAAUCUCCAGUUUCAGGGGCACAGUAUACUGAUUCAACAAUUCCACACGUCACUCGGUGCUCCUCGUGUUCCAGAUUCCAACAAUGUCUCACCCAUCUUGGCUGCCACCCAAAAGCACUGGUGAGCCCCUUGGCCAUGUGCCUGCGCGGAUGGAGACCACCCAUUCCUUUGGGACCCCCAGCAUUUCGGUGUCCACACAACAGCCACCCAAGAAGUUUGCACCAGUAGUUGCCCCAAAGCCCAAGUACAACCCAUACAAGCAAGCUGGAGGUGAAGGUGAUUUUCUUCCACCCCCACCUCCACCUCUAGAUGACCCUGGUGCUCUUCCAACCAGCCCUGGAAACUUCCCUCCUCCACCACCCCUGGAUGAAGGUGCUUUCCGGACACAGCAGGGAAAUCCUGGAGGCAAGACCCUUGAGGAGAGACGUUCUAGCCUGGAUGCUGAGAUAGACUCGCUGACUAGCAUCUUGGCUGACCUUGAGUGCAGCUCCCCCUACAAGCCUCGGCCCCCACAGGGCUCUACUAGUUCGACAGCCUCUCCUCCGGUCUCCACCCCUGUCACAGGACACAAAAGAAUGGUUAUACCAAACCAACCCCCUCUAACAGCAACCAAAAAGUCUACAUUGAAACCGCAGCCUGCACCCCAGGCUGGACCCAUCCCAGUGGCACCAAUUGGAACACUAAAACCCCAGCCCCCACCAGUCCCUGCCUCCUAUACGACGGCAUCCACCCCUUCCAGGCCUACCUUCAAUGUGCAAGUGAAGUCAGCCCAGCCCAGUUCUCUUUACAUGGCUGCUCCUUCAUCGGGACAAUUUUAUAGCCCGGGCCCAGGACCCCAGAGCUAUAACACUCCACCAGUUUCUAUUUCUGGGCAGUGCCCACCUCCUUCAACACGGGGGGGAAUGGAUUAUGCCUAUAUUCCACCGCCAGGACUCCAGCCUGAGCCUGGGUAUGGGUAUGCCCCCAACCAAGGACGUUAUUAUGAAGCCUAUUGCCCAGCGGGGCCUGGCUAUGGGGGCAAAAAUGACUCUGAUCCGGCUUAUGGUCAACAAGGUCACCCAAAUACCUGGAAGCGGGAUCAAGGGUAUACUCCUUCUGGAACAGGAAACCAGAACCCGGCUGGGAUGUAUCCAGUUGCUGGUCCCAAGAAGACCUAUAUCACAGAUCCUGUUUCAGCACCGUGCGCACCACCACUGCAACAAAAGGGUGGACAAACAGGUUCCAUGGGGCCUCCAGCUGUCACCCCCUCAUUCCGCCCCGAAGAUGAGCUCGAGCACCUGACCAAGAAGAUGCUGUAUGAUAUGGAAAAUCCACCUGCUGAGGAGUACUUCGGCCGCUGUGCUCGCUGUGGGGAGAAUGUCGUUGGGGAAGGGACAGGAUGCACUGCCAUGGAUCAGGUCUUCCACGUGGACUGUUUUACCUGCAUCAUCUGCAACAACAAACUCAGGGGACAGCCCUUCUACGCCGUGGAGAAGAAAGCUUACUGUGAGCCCUGCUACAUUAAUACCCUGGAGCAGUGCAGCGUGUGCUCCAAGCCCAUCAUGGAGCGGAUUCUGCGAGCCACCGGGAAGGCCUAUCACCCUCACUGCUUCACCUGUGUGAUGUGCCACCGCAGCCUUGAUGGGAUCCCAUUCACCGUGGACGCUGGUGGCCUCAUUCACUGCAUUGAGGACUUCCACAAGAAAUUUGCCCCCCGAUGUUCUGUGUGCAAGGAGCCUAUCAUGCCAGCCCCAGGCCAGGAGGAGACUGUCCGGAUUGUGGCUCUGGAUCGCGAUUUCCACGUGCAUUGCUACCGGUGUGAGGAUUGUGGUGGUCUCCUGUCCGAAGGAGAUAACCAAGGCUGCUACCCCCUGGACGGACACAUCCUCUGCAAGGGCUGCAACUCCGCCCGCAUCAGGGUGCUCACCGCCAAGGCCAGCACCGACCUGUAAAUUCAGUCGCCUGCUCCGCUGGUUAGUUGGUGACGCCGAGAAGAAGGAAACACAAGAAGAAGAUAAGAAAAGAAAUGGGAAAAUACAGGAAAGGCAAUCAAGCCGUGGGAUGGUCUCUGUUCUUCAUCUAAUAUUAACCUUUCUUUAGAGGCACAUAGAUGAUGUGAUUUCUUUUUUUUUUAAGUUCUCACCAAAUACACAUUUCACAUUUAAUCAUGCAGGACCUUGAUGGGCCUUUGUUCCCAAGGACUUCCACAUUUUUGCACGGAUUAUACUCCAUCCCAUUCACUUCUGCAUUCCUGUAACUUUUAAUCCCUAUGUUUGUCUCACUUUUCAUCUGGUUGAAUGGCUUUUUUUAGUGUGGUAUUUGCUGUCACACAGUUUUUCCUGGGUGAGUCGGCCAACUUACAGGUGCUUUUAGGCUUGAAGGGUCCAUCUUAUCAGUUCCAUGCGGCCUGUGAUCAGAAAGGAUCGCCAUUCUUUUUCUGUGUAUUGAAAAGUACAGCUUUCUGUUGCUCUAAACUGGUCAUGCCCCUUGGGGGACGGUGGGGAAGUGUGCCAUGUAUAUGUUAGGCUACAAAGAAUUUAAGCUGUAAAUUACAUAGGUUAAAACGAGCCCAAAUUUAAUUUGCCACCCAAUUUGAUUGGAAAUUCAAAAUCUCUAGUGACCAGUGGUCAGGGCUCAUUUGAAAACAGAUACUGGUGAGAGAAAUGCAAAGUUUGCUUUUUUCCUAAAGGAAUUACAGGUGGGAUAUGCUGGGGAAAAAGGAUUUUGGGGGUAUUUUGAAAAGCCUAUUAUUAUCCCACAAUACCACCUUAAGAUUUCCUUUUUCCAUGCUACCUAGACAUCAUAAUUCAGACAAACUUUGUUUUCUCUGAAACAUAACAUUUCUGAUAAUGUCCCACUUCUCAUCUCAGACAUACUGCCAUGUUUUGUUUUGGGUUUUUCUUUUUUUGGUUUUUUUUUUUUUUUUUUUUUUUUUUUUUUUUGGUUUUUGUUUUUGUUUUCAUAAUAUCCAAAUACAACUACCAAAGUUGAGUUUUCUCCAGAGGAAGACAGUUGUAAAGAACUGUUCCUAUUCUUCUUCCCCGCCCCUGCCCCCCAGGCCCGGGUCCUUUUUGCCUGACAACUGCAAAUCAGAUACACAAAAUAAAAUUGUGGAGUUUUGUUUAGUUUACUUUAAAAAGACAGGAAAGCUUGAAAAAAUUGUGCAACCACAGUUUCAUCACUCCCAUAAUCCUGCUGCAACUCAAAUUGCACAUCACGGGAGACGUUUUCAUAUCAUCGAUGUGACAUUUACACCACACUUUCAAAGACAAUCACUGAGAAAAAAAUUGCCUUUCUGAGCUAAAAAUAUGCAGAGUUUCUGCUUGGAAUCUUUAUUCAAACUCUUACUGGGCAUUGAAACACUUGCUUGCCAACUACAGAACCAUUCUAUUGGGUUCUAACUUGUUUCUUUUAAAGAGAGACUCCCGUCUUUGUAACGGCAGGUUGCCAUUUUGUAAACUAAUCGAGUAUUUCGGAUUGAGAUUUCUUAAACGUUUCUUCAAAUCUUCCACAAGUAUAUACUUUUAAAUUAUGAAGUAUUUUAAGUAUACACAAAAUAUAAAUAAUAAUAUAAUGAAUCCUGUAUACAUAACACCUAGUUUAAGAAAUCAAGUAGAACGUAUACAUUCCCUUACUCACCCUUCCCUGAGUCCACAAAUACCUUUUUCGUGAUUAUAACAUGAUGAAGUCGAUUUUCUUGUCUGACUUUUAUUUUAAUUUUUAGUUUUAACACUAGAACCGAAAUGAAAAAUUAUUUGCGCAUGUUUUGAAUUAUACCCCAUGCCUCAGGAAUUCCAAUUACAUUUAUUUUACUUUAGUAGGAAUGAUUGUAAAAAUGGUUCAGUUUUCUUUUCUUUUUUUUUUUUCAAUAAGAAAUUCUUAAGCCUAUGGUCAUUAGCUCAUCUAAGUUAAUUUGUAGCUCUUUUGCCUUGGUUACCCAAAGUAACUGCCAAAGUUGCAACUUUUCAAAGUUUUCUUGGGAAACUUUGUCUUUCCUUACUUUGCUCCUCUUAUCAUUGGCCUUGUAUUUUUCUUAAUGUGAAACAGAAUGGAAUUCAUUUUGGGCAACAUGUGAAUUUUAGGAUACAACAGCGACUGUAUCUCUGAAUUUCUGUCCUCCAAAUUCAAGAUCAGACAUCCUGAUGACCUCAGAGAGCACUGACUAUUAAACAAUUGGAGAGAUAAUGUAAUUUGCUGGAAUUGCUUCAGCAAUUUGUUUCCUAUGAAAUACUUGGGGGAAAUUCUGUUUAGGCCAAAAGCCCAAUUUAUUGAGAGAUGGAUUUUAUCUCUUGAAGUGCAGUCAUAUUAUUAUGAAUUUUGCCAAAAGAGGAAAAUGUAUGAAAUAUUUAUACUAUAAAAAUGCAAUAACAUCCUACUUGUUUGUUACAUUUAAGUCCAUGUGUAACUAAAUGUUCACAAGCCAAAACAUUUUAAAAAGAGAGAUAAAGUUAUAAGAAAAUGCUGUCACAGACCCAUCACUGUGGCAUUGCCAGAAUACUGCUUGCUUUCAAUCUUUAUAGUACAUUUUAUCACAUAACCUCAGAGUAUCUUUACCAAAGAGCUUUAAAGUAAAUCUCUUUUUAAUAUAGACUUAUUAUACUUUUAUAAUAAUGAAUGUGCACAAACACAUAUGCAGAAAUAUUUAGAUUUAGAUUUCUUUUCUUUCACAAGGUAUAAUAAGGAAAGGAUCCUACAUAUUUUAUUCCAGGAUUUCUUAAGUAUAUGAUUUAUAUUGCUUUCUUGUCUUUCCUAUUAAUCAUUUGGUUUAAACAAUGCCAAAUCACUUUUUACUGUUUUAGUUACAUGAAAUUUUGCCUAUAACAGAGACAAAAAGAUCACAUUACCUUAACAAUUAUAAUUCCUUUGUCUUUUGGUAUAUUUUCUUGAUUGUUAUUUAAAUUCAUAAAUAAUAGGAAAGUCAGAGUUUAUGAGAGAAAAUUUGUUAAACUAUACCGGCCAUAAAAAAUUGUCAAGAACACGAAUAUUUGGUAAUUCUGUGGGAUGAGAGACAUGGAAAAGGAAAAAAAACCCACUAUGUCAUGGGCUCUGCACACCAUUUCAAAAUCAGAUUUCUUCACUGUCUGGAUCCCUAGCUCACACUGACUCAACGUGGAGUCUCAUUUGCAAGCAAAAUUGCAUUUAAAACUCAAAACUAAGUCAUGUGUCCCAACAUAAGGCAUCAAAGCUUUGAGAUGCUGGACAUCUCUGCAGCUCAAGGAUGUGGGUUCUUUUUCCUGUCAUUGACAAAUUGUUUUCAUAGGGGCAAUGUCUCCGAUCAAAAUUACUUCAUUGGCUGUAUGCUGACUAAUGCAGCCGAGAUAUCAACACUACCAUUGUUUCCGCGCUACGCAUGAUUCUGCAAAGAUGUUUAUGGUGAUGUUUAAAGUAUAUAAAACUCUAACUACAUUUAAACAAGUGUUUUUAUUUGGGUUCAGAGGAAGAAAGAGAGCACUUUUACAACGGGGCUGUAAUAGAGGGUUUGUAGAAUAUAGACCGGACUCUGAAAACACAACUUCCAACAAUUUUCCUAGUUAGUAAAAAAUCCUAUUAAUGUGAACCAGCCAGGAAUAACAGUGUUAUUUCUAUUUGAUAUGGUUUGGGCUUCUCUUGUCAAAUCUGCGUUGGCUGCCCCCUGAUCCCUCCAUCAUCAAGUUUUGAAGGGUGUCGGGGAAAUUAUGGCAGCUGCUAGGGAGAUCAGGGAAACACUGAUGUGACCUCCCAGCCUCUCACCACUCCUCUUGGCUUGGAAAGGCUUCUUUUUCUCAUAGACAGUUCUAGAAAUAUUGCCAUGCUACCUUAGUAUUUCACAUUUGUAGUUUAAACAAGUGAUUGUCCAUCUGUUGCCUCGAGCUACAGUACAUGUGUGUUAUGAAUGAAAUAUGACAGCAUGUUCCAUACCCUGCUUUAGCCAUCUGUAGGAAACCAGUAGGCUGAAAAAGAUAUGCCUCUGCAAAAUGUGCCUGAAGUCCCGUUCUUGAGAUCGCUUUCUCGGGGCACUUUCGUGAGAGACGAUCAGAGAGCAACAUGUAUGUGUGCCUUAUUUUUAGAGUCUCUACACUCCUACUCCACUAGAGAGCCCGUAACGUUAGUCAUCAUCUCCCAGAUUUCCAAGAUACACUCAUCGAAAGGAAAACAAAAUCCAGAGAAGCGUAAACUCUUUAUCUGAAUGUGUUCUAAUAGUCUUUCUUUUCUCCUUGUCUCUUGGAAGGACCUUGUGGAUUCCUGAAUUAAGAAAACACUUUUUUGCCAGAAGGUGAUGUUUCGGAUGUUGUUAGUGAUUAUGUCUGGUCCUGCUCUGGUUGUAGUCGGAUAAUGAAGGUAGGCUUCCAUUGGAGCCUUUCCCACCCGUUCAGCAUAUCCACUUUCAGUAUUUGUCGAAGCUUUUUGGUUUGUCUGUUGUCUUAAUUUAAUAGUGGACAGAACAGGUUGAGCUCUGAGUCAUUCUUAUGGGUACAACCGUGGACGUGUCAGGUUGUUAUUUACGUGACAGAUACAUAGAAUGAAACUCUUCUCAAAAGACUGUUGCUGGGUCCCAUAUUACAUAUUAUUUCAAACCUUUAAAAAAUUAUCUGAUUAAAAAUUAUUAAAGUUAUUAAAUUCUGAUUAUUAAAAACUAUUAAAUUAUUAAUUGUUAUUAAAAUUAUUAAAAUUAUCUGAUUUGGUGAGAAUUCUUCCUCUUUCCCUCUUCACCUCUUUUUCUCCCUCCUUUUUUUCCUUCUGCUUUCCUUUCUUACAUUCUGUCCUGCUUUUCAUCCUACCUAUUAAUAUUAUUGUGCUUGGACUUUUCAUAAGUAAAUUGUAUCAGUGCCUUCUGAUCUUUAUGGAGUUAUGACCAUAUUAUGGGAAGAAGGCUACCAUCAAAUUUACAUAGCAUCCAUAAAUCCUUCCUUUAAAAGGGCACUUUUUCCAGAUUGUGUUUAUUCAUAAAGUGAGAUGAGAUAAUAGAGUCUUUCAGUUUUAUUUUAAUGAGUUUUCAUCAGGGACUCAGAUCAUAGAGUUCUUGGCAAAUUCAUUUAUGACUGUCCUACUUUUCUCAGCUAUAUGCAAAGUGAUCUUUCUAAGACUAGGUUAAGAAUUAAAAAACAAAAAUCCAAAGCAUUUUGGCCAACAAGACAAUCAUAUUUUUAAGUGGUGUGGCAUGUUAUUUUAUUCCUAAUGAAACUUGGUAAUUUUCCUCAUGGCAAGGAAAAGCUAUUAUCCUUCCAGAAAUUUUACACAUAUCAGCGUUUUGCCUAUGAGCAUAAUAUUAAAUCCUAAUAGUUGAAUCACAGUAUUUUAUAGGGGGUAGGUCAGCGCCAGAGUUCUUCCUAGAGCCCAGUUCACCGGUCUGUAGGGUAUUUAUAAAAAGCAAAAAAGCAACCUGAGAAGAACAAGUCUCUCAGUAAAGCAUUUUGGUAAAAUUGGGCUUUGAGAUUCUUUUGAACUCUGGCUAAUGUUGACAAAAAUAUGCCCUCCGUGUCCAUUUUUGUUUAAAUCUAUUUGGAAAAGCUUAUAAUUCUAGGGAUAGAUUUCCACUUUCGGUUUCUGCUCUCACUUCCACUUUCUGUAAGUUUUCACAGGAUUGACAUUGAUUUUCCCUUUUCAGAGGGUCACAUGAGGAAAGUAAAAUAUACUUAAUACAUAUUCAAUUCAAUACAUCAAUGAAUUUGCCAAGUCUCAGUGGGUAUGUCGUUUUGAUACCAAAACAGAGUUGGGGGGGGUUGUUGUUUUUGUUUGUUUUUUUAACCUGCUUCCAAGAAGAGUGGGAUUCAGGAGACGAAGGAUUUAAGAAAAGGGACCCUCUACAAUUAAAAUGAUGGCAGGAGAGUUCUUGUGAAGUGUCACUCAGAACUUUCAGAGGGGUUUUAGGCAUCAGCAAUUGUAGUUGUUUAAACAAGUAAAAUGCUUAUAUUUCCAAGUUUAUGAGGUAUUUAAAAAUCACUAUGGAUAACCAUAUAUUUUUGCCUUGUCGGAAGAAAGUGAAAUGAGAGCAGCUGCUAGGCCCCAUGAUGUGAUCGUAGCUACUCCAGGAAUUUAUAACGCAUGUCUUUUCACGCCCUCCAAGAGAGGGGCAUAGGUCGUUCUCAGUCUAAAAGAUGGUGAUACAUAUUCUGACAUAUUCUUGGGCACACCGCACCAUACCCUAAGCAUCUCCGAAGGUUAGAAGUUCCUGCUUUCACAUAUGCAGUGUUUUCUCCCUUUCCAGUACUUACCUGACGAUGACAGUAAGUAGGAGUUUAGGUCUUUUGUUCUCUUGUUGCAAUCCAGUCAUCCGCUAUCUGUAACGUUGUGUCUAAACAGCCGAACUGUAACUGAUUUGAACUAGUUUUCUCUUCUUUAGUUGCAAACACAGAAAACUAACUAUCUUCCUAACUUUUAAAAAAGGAAAUAUAAAGUGGCUUAUUUUCCUUUAAAGGACACUUAGUCCUUUCUCUGUUUUACUUUCCUGCCCCUUGUGCAAGAAGGGGUAGACACUGCUUUGGUUAUCCAGCAUGCAUGUGGCUUCUUUUGUGGAAAGUGCUAUGGAAAGUGCAUUUUUAUUCAUGAACACUUCUCCCCUUGAAAUCACACACACACACACACAAAAAUUACUAAAAUUUUGCUCUUUAUUUCUGAUUGUUACUUAAUUUAUCCACAUUCUCUAACCACACUAAUACUUAUCUCUAUUUCCAGCCCUUGUUAUAAACAAAAAUUAAUAUUCUACAAGCAAAAAGUUAUAUAUACUAGAGAGAGGAGAAAACCUACAGCUAACUCCUUUGUAAUAAUUUAAGAUACUUGCAUUAAUCUUCCCUUACAAUAUGCCUGUUUAUAUUUUUCCAAGCUACUCAUCCACUUAGGGGCAAGAGAAAACCUUAUGCAUCUAACUCUGAUAGGCAUUUAACUCAGUGACCCAGACAGCAGCCAUAUUGAACAACCCACAUAAUGGAUUCAAUCAACUUGGCAGUUAGUGUAGCUUCUGGUUCACUUCUCAACCCCAGAGGUAGAAUGGUUUACCAAGAAUGAGCAGGUCUCGCUAUGUCAUCUUGUGUUCUAUACUAGUGUAGAGGGUUCUAGCAGACCCCGGGCAUCCAUUGGUGGUGUUCCCAGACAAACACCGAAUCCUGGGCUCUUUAAAGACAUGAAUCUCCUCCGUUAUUUUGCUGGCAAGUCACCAUCUCCUAUCUUAGACCUGGCCAGUAUGUAGUACUGUUCACAGCAUCCAUUCUACUAUUAGGGCAGCUCUUUUCUACAGAAUUUCUUCCUUGUGCUGCAUAUAAAUUUGUCUCCAGGGCUUCUCAGAACGGGUCUAAAUCUUUUCUUCAAGGUCAGAUAUCAGAUAUCACUAACUUUUUCAACUGUUUCCUGUUUGUUGACAUGGUGUCAAGUCCAAUCACCCUUCUGCUUCUGCUUUGAACACUUGGACAAAUAGCUUCUAAUUUUAUUUCACUCUACUUGAUGAAACUUAGUAAUCACCUUGGGUCAGGCUAGGUGGAAACACUUUCUUUGGGGGUUGAAAGUAAAUGGAAUUGAUGUCACCCAAAGGAAACUGAUAGUCAAUGUGGAAAUUUCCACCAAGAACUCAGACCCAGGAGAGUGGAAGGCAGAUGAGGCUAGAUCUUCCAGGUGGACAAAGCAGACCUUUUAUAUUGUAUCCUGUACUAUUUUUGAUGUAGCCAAAAUCAAAGUCAUUCUGAAAACAAGAAACAAGCUAACCCCUGUGCCGUCUGUGAGAUUCCCACUUCUUGGUUAAUGUUCAUAAAGUCUCUGUAAUCCUCUCCCUUUGUCUCUUUCUUCUCAGUAAUAACACAUAUUUUGGUCCAUGUUCCCGUACUGAUUAUGCAAAAAGAGUUCUGGAUACUUUAUAGGGGUUUGACAUAAAUAUGUACUUGCUGAUUGGUUUUGAGAUUCACUUCCAUUUUCCUGCGCUCAAAUGUUUGUACCUAGAGAGCUUGCAGUGUAGACCAAGUGAGGAGCUUCCCUCCAUGAUCGAUUAGGAACUAUCCUUAGGAGUCCGUAUUUCUCUUUACUUUUGUCUUUCUAACCUCGUCAUCCCUUACUCAUCUUAAUAAUUACUGUAAGAGAAUCAGCCCCAAAGUAACUUUGAUUCAGUCCAGCUGCAGUAAGAUCAAACAGGUUCAGGGGCGCCUGGGUGGCACAGCGGUUGGGCAUCUGCCUUCGGCUCAGGCAUGAUCCCGGUGUUGUGGGAUCGAGCCCCACAUCAGGCUCCUCCACUAUGAGCCUGCUUCUUCCUCUCCCACUCCCCCUGCUUGUGUUCCCUCUCUCGCUGGCUGUCUCUAUCUCUGUCAAAUAAAUAAAUAAAAAUCUUUAAAAAAAAAAAAAAAAAAGAUCAAACAGGUUCAGUAGGUACUCGGGAAUAUGGCAUUGAGAAGGGUACUUCUUCCCAGUGGCAUCCGUAGGGCUUCACGGAGGAGUGAAAUUUGGUAAGAAAUGUUGAACUGAUUCAUUGACUUGAUGUGGAAGUUGAAGGAAGAAUAUUUAAGGCACCAGAAACAAUAGAAAAGCACAAUCUAUCUUCAGAAAAGACCCUCUACUUUAAGUAUUACGGAUUCUGGAAUUUCCUUAAGAGGAGAAAAAAUUUCCAGAUAUUCAGGGUCAAUGGGAAGGUUAAGGGCAUAGAGGAAGGCUAAUUCCACUGCUAUUUUCUGUCUUGUCUCUUUAUAGUUGGAAGAUAGGAUGAGGUGCCAAAAUAUAACCCAGCACAUACAGUAUGAACAAGAAGCUUUAUAACAUAGGUACCCUACUCUUGGAGCGAACACACGUGUCUUUUGAACCCCUGCAAGAGAAGAAGCAAGACAUUCUUAUUUUCCUGUGAUGUUAGGUCAGCAACUAGAAAGGACCCUGCUAUCAUCUAUUCCACUUGGUGUUAAAAUUCCCUUACUGAUUCACUGCUAAGUGAUAAUCCAGACUCUGUGUACACGUCACCUGCAUCAACAAGCUCAUGACUUCUUGGGUCUUCCAUUUCCUCCAUCAGACUUUGUUCCAAGCCCCCCUCUGACUCAAGCAGAACCGAGUUUGGGGAUUGUGUCCUCCUGAGUGCCACACAAAACUCAUCUUUAGUACACAAUAAAAUGUUCUUCCUCCCUUCAUUUUCCUCCCAGAUAUAUUUGUUUUCAUUUUGGCAACACAUUACUUUAAAAAAAAAAAAAAAACUUUGAGUUUUAGCUAAAGGUUAAAAACCCUUUAAACAUCCUUAAAAAUAGUCUGAACGAUUUUCUGAGGGUCAGGUUUUAGAGUUGACAACUUUGUUGUUGUUGUCUUUAUUUUCUUACUCAAAAGACAAAUUGUUCUGACUGUUGGUACAUACAUAGCUUUAUGCCCUCCCCCGGUGCCCAACCCAUGAACAGUACCCUCCAGUUACCUUCCCUGCUGAUAAUGACCUUAAAAGGUUGAAAAAUGUCCGUGCAUGAUCUCCACUUCUAAAAGCGAAGCAGUCAAAUGCAAAAGAUAACAGUUCUGUUGAAACUCCUUACUUCUGUCUAGUUGUUCUUUGCCAGAGGAAAUCAUUCUUGGGGGUCAGGGUGAUAGGAUGUUAUGGUCUUUGGUAGAAAUGUACACAUUCUUCCAGCGGUGCUCUGAGUUACCAAGGACUGUCAUACUAUUCCUCUCCAGGUUUGAAUUAGAGGGCCCUAUUGGCAGAACCUGUCACCAGUCUCCUGGGCAGGACCUGGGGGUGGCUUUCUGAGCUCUAAAAUAAUAAUUCCUAAGAGAGCUUACAAACCACUUUCACACAUGAAACAGCCCUGGGAGGAAGGUUAUUAAUAGCCCUAUCCUAGAAGAGAGAGCCGAGGCUCGGAAUCGUUAAGUGACUUGCCAAAAGCGAUGCAGCUGGUAAGUGGCAGAUCUGGGGACACAGCCAGGUCGUGCAAGUCUAGGGCUCUCUCCAGCAGCCACUGUCGGGGCACAGAAUACCUCCGAGCGCACUGUAUGCUUUGCCCGGACUAACGUGCCCCCUGUGCAAAGGCAGCCAGGGCAAGUCUCCUUGCCCAUUACAGACCUCAGGUGGCAAAGCCACGUGUGGGCUGCAGUGCCUGCAAUCGCUGGGAGCCUGCGUUCAUCGUCCGUGUCAUCUUGUGGGAAAUGACCAGGUAUUCUGUUCGAUCAGCACUGCGAUGAUGUCGGUCGGGGAAGGCCACCGCCAAGAGCAAACCGCUGUGGCGCUGAAGCCCGCCGCAGCAAAUCUCCCCAGAGACGGUUUACUUCCCAUGAAGGGGAAAACUCUGGAACCAUGAGGUGCAGCCUCUCAGCCAAGAUCCUAUCAUUUCGAAUGCAAGAGAAGGCAGAGGUGACUGGGUCCUUAAGACAGGUCUCUGUCCCGCGGGCUACGAUUUAUGGCCCCAGAGACAGGAACUGCUGUAGGUAAACAAUGCCUAUUAUUCCUCCUCUCGAUUCACAGUUAUUGAUACCCAAGGGGUCUGUCCCUGCAGCAGGCAUUUCCCACCCAACCCACCCACCCAUGACCUUGAACUGUCUGGGAACAGAAGCUGCAGGACUGAAUGAGGCCCCACAGUUGGUGUUUGCCAUUUGAGAGAGAGGGCUGCCCCGGCCGGUAUCGUUUUGUGAUUCGUGGGUGCUUGUUCCAGGGAGUUUGGUACUCUGUUGUUCCCAGGAUGCUUACUGGGAAGCCUCUGUGUAUAUUCUAGAAGAUGCCUUGCACGGCAGUCCCACAACUCACCAUUCCUUCUCUUGAGUCGCAUCCCUCCGGAAGAUGUGCCUUUUGAUGUGUGCUCUUGGGCCUUUAUUUUCUCCAAUUUCUCAUUAUAGUUGUUUGGCUUCCAGUUAAAAUCUGUGAACUGAUUGCAAGAUAUUCUCUCUUCAUCUGAGUUAAAUCUCCUGUAGCAAACCUGUGAAAUGAUCUCAUCUAAUAAGCUUUCUAGGCUUUUCCCUCCCUAGAGUCUACCAUCCAUCAAGCCGCUCUCACCCUCCCUCUGCUUAUUCCCUGGGAUUAAUGAGGGCCAAGUGAAGUCACUUCCCAAGUGAAGGCCUCUCACCCCUUCCCACGCUUCACACUUGGAACACACAAGGACGUGCCAGUGGGGCCAGUGGGGUGGUACUCUUGGCGGAGAUGGCAACAUUCGGAGCCUGGCAAGGUGCCUCAUCUUCCUGUGAGGCUUGAGAAAUGCUCUGGCUGAAGCCAUGGAGAGUGAUUCUUGUAGGAUAGUUGGAGUACCCCCACCCAGGAGUGAAUAGAAGAAGAAUUCUGAGAACUUUCCAGAAUUACGUAGGUGAGUAGGCCCGGGUACCGACUCCCCUGGGUGCAGCCUGCGACAUCUCGUUAGCGGGAAGAAAAGGACAGUGAGGCAGUCAAGAUGAAGAAGCAGCCCUUUAAAAAAAGAAAGGGAGUCACAAACCCUGAUCUCCCUUUACACAAUGUAAAGAAAAUUAUGAAUAAAACUUUUCCUCCUCCAUUCUACAUGAUACAGUCCUCCAUAUGUAGGGAAAACACAAUUGCGUUGUCUUUAAAACACACACCCGUGCACGUGCGUGCACACACUCGCACGCAUAUGCACAUACAAACGUCUUCCAAGAAAGCCGAUCCUUCAAAAAAGAAAUCUUAUUUUAAAACACUUGGGUUUUUCAGGCCAGGAAAUUAAUAAUUCCUAGACCUGACCCAUUUUUGUGGCUGCCAAAAAGGAAAAGAAAAAGCUCUUUAAAUUUUGUAUGGAUCCAUUUAUCUCUUAAAAUAUGCCAAAGCAAUUUGAGGUGGGGGUGGUAACGAAAGUAUUUCUCUCUCCUGCCUGAUUCUCUCUUUACAUUUCUAUCUGUGGGGGAAAGAGUAAAGCCUCUUCCCGGGCCAUUCUUACUGAUGCAUCGUGUACCACAUUGGAAGGUUCCUGCUUGCUCCGUGCGUGCCAGGAGGAGAGAAUCACACUUCCUCUCCUGACUGCAUUUACUCCACCAUGAGGGAAUAAAUAUUAAGUCUGGAUGUCUUUCCUCACCAAAUUAUUUGACACUAUUUCUGAACUGCCUUAGAAAAUGUAAAAAGGGGAGAAGCUAGUUUUUCUUGGAUACAUGUCUCCUUUCUUUCUUGGGAGACUUAAUUGUGAAGUGGGGAAAAAAAUCUCAUACCUUCUCAUCUCUUUUUCUCUGUGGGUGACAGGUGAUGAACACUUAGGAAUCAUAAGCCAGAAGUAGGAGAGCGUAGCCAGUUUACGAUGUAUCUGCCGUGUUUCAUUCCUUCAAACUCAGACUUCAAAGGAAACGGGAUUUUUUUUCAGUUAAAUGCCAACAAUAGAAAUGGCCUGAUUUUAAAUUCAAGGAGUAAACGGCAAGUUGAUAUUUAGGCAGUGUUUACAUUUUACUAACCCUUCUGCCUCGUGUUUAGAUGAAUUCCAAGCACAUCGAUGUAUCGGGGAGAAAUUGCCACAAAGAGCCAAAGUGCCUUCGACCUCUCUUGGUAGCAAGUUGAAACUGGUAGACACAGCCCCGGCCUUCCCACUGCACUGAAAUGUCAGAAUGGAGAUGCGUCCUUGAUGAAGGAGAUUUAGGACCCUGGGAACUAAAUCUUGUCACCGGUGUGUAUAGUGAAGUAAUUGCAAAAUCACAUUCAAAUGGCUCCUUUUACUACCCAUUGAUCCUCUUGGGAAAGCUGGUAAGCGAGUGAUCCAAGAAUUCUUUUCCUUAGUAAACAAAGUCAGAAUCUAUACCCCCCCCAAAAAAAAUCUGAAUUCUGUCCUCGUUCUUCCUCAGGAAACCCAUCAAAGAGCAAACAGAAUUAAAGAUGACACUUAAUUGUCUGAUCCUUUAGCAUGAAUAAAAUUAUCCUGUGAUUGAAUGUGCCUUAAGUGAAAAUUUAAACUUAGAUGCAGUGUUUUCACAGCUGGAUGUGGCAUUAACGUCUUCCAGGCUAUCUGCUCAGUGAACUACUUUGUUUUUGUUUUGUUUUAUCUUUUAAACUCCACGUUUAUCAUUAGUUUAGCAGAUUUGGGACUCUUUCUCUCCUGGGAAUAUGUGCAAUGAUGAGACACACCAAAAAAAGGAAGGGAAGGAACUUUCUGAGUAGCAAAUCUGUGCCAUGAAGGAGACGUGACAUGGAGAUGUGGAGCCCGAGGAUAGUAAUUUCUCUGAGCUGCACACACGAGCUUUUAUUCGUGGCUUUGUCACAGGCUUUUCUCCUUCUGUGCCGUCACCUUUGAGAAAAACGAUUGCACCUUCUCCAAGUCUGCCUUUUUAACAGCUACAGUGGAGUUGGCAAGACUUCCCCAGCUCUGAAUAUAGCCAUUUGCCGACUCCGGCCUCUUUGCGAGACUGACUCAAAUCUGUGAUCUUCUGUUCAGCAUACACAUCAGCAAAGUGAGAAGAUGAGCACUAAAUAUAGGCUCUAUUAACUUUACUUUUAGAUUUACUGCCUUCAAAAAGUGCCUAUUCUGAGAAACAUAAACGUUAUUCCUACAUAUGUAUGUACACACGGUACCCAGAGUCAUACUGUGCAGCCUUCAAAAACAUACCAUCUAAAGGAGUAGGUGCUAAGAUAAGGAACGCUUGCCAAAUGGAAGAAAGUCACUCAUUUCCAAUAUCCCCUCUCGAGUGGCACCGUGGAGCAGGCUGCAAACACAUUCCCUGAGCAUUCCUUGAUGAUACAGCCACUUUAUAUUUAUAUCUGACUGCAUGGGGCACACUGCUGAGGCUUCCUGUACUGUGUUUCAGGGGACAAAAGCCUGAAUGGAAUUGGGUUAUUUAGUCAGAAGGAAACGUUGUUGAAGAGAAUUAAUAGAGCCAGGAUUUGUAUUAGGAUAUGUGUCAUAUGUGUGUUUUAUAAACUAAGCAUUGGUGGGUUUCGAAUGUCAGCACUUUUUUUUUUUCUCCCUUUAUCUCUCAGGCUAGCAUCAGUGAAAAUGAAAGAAAAGUCUUGGCUGUGAGGAUUGGAGGCUUAGGGGGCCAAAUGUCCUUGCCAGAUCCUUAGCGCAUCUUUACUUUGACUCCUAAAAAUAGUAGCAUAUGUUAUUGGGUGGCUUUUGUUUCCAUAGUUCUGUCAUGGGCAUUGCAAGCGUCGAUGCUGCUGAUGGAAUGAGGGACGCUCAUCCAGGUGUGGCAUAGGAGAGGAUCCAGGGAACUAGGACGAGGUAGACCGUGCAUGAUUUUAGGAAAAGGGUUGAAGGGAGGACGUGCUUCCAAAAAAGAUCUUUCUCAAUGUGUCGUCUGACUCAACCAGCUGGCAAAUUACACUUGCCAAGUCGCUCUCUUUCCUUCUAAGUCAUUUGGCUCCAUGUUCAUUUGAAUACGCCUCUCCUUUGGGAAAGAGAGAUGCCUUCAGUUAGCCUCUCUCCAAGGAAGCUCUUGACGUCGUCUUGGUCACAAAGUUAUCUCCUGCCCCACCCACUUUCACCAAAAGGAAGUAAAGAGGGACGAGCUACAGAAGAUGGUUUCCAUGGCACUGCAGUCAGCCACCAUUCUGCCUUCCAUAUAAGGAGCCCCCCUACAUACACCAGGGAUGAGGCUGGAACAGAUUACUGUUGCAUAAUCUCGAGUGUGGACCACCCUGCUUUAGCUGUCAUCGUUUUGUGAGACCAGUUGGCUCCUUGGAGAAAGAGUGAUACUCUUCACUAAAAAUGUCUACUCUUCCUGUUGACGUUCGUUUUCUGUUUUUACCUUAUUCAAUUUCCACACUAGUCAUUUUCUAUUUUUUAGAGAAUCAGAUGUCAGUGCUAGAUAAGAGUUGAAGGAUCUCUGGUGGUGUCAGAAGAAGUAUUGGGUUCUGGGGGUUUUCUCCUUGAGAACAAGAUGGACGGGGAAAGAGACAACAGGGCUCUGCUCCAGGUUUCAACCUGAUGACCAUGACUAUGAGAGAGAGUUUUGUGUAAAUGUUAAAUGGUACAAGCGCACAGAGAAAGGAGAAGGGGGAGACAGGGAGAGGAGGCCAGGUUUUCUCUCCACUGAGAGCAGGAAUGUCCCACUGAGUACAAGCAUAGCCCCUCCACGAUCAGCUGCUAGUCAGAAUAACAUUCCCUGAUUUAGGGAAAACCACACAAAGACAUAUAGGGAAGAUGCCUUUUUUUCACAUGUGUGGUACUGACAGAGCCAUGAUAUUCCUAAAAUACAGGUUUCUCUUUCUUAUUUUAUUCUUAGCAAAUCACAUUUCUCCACUACGUGAACCAUCACUGACUUAUCCAAAAUAACCCACAUGAUUCCCUAUGAAAAUAAGAGAAUAAAACCUGUUAUAAGCAAGUGAUUUGGGUAUUUUCUUUGUAUUUAUGUAUUAUCCAAUUAUAUUAAAGCAUUUCUAUUUACCUUCUAUCUGUUUUUUCUCUCAAUUAUGUUCUUCCAAUGCUCUGUAAGAAUAAAUAUGAAAAUGAUAUUCCUUUUUUUCUGUAAAAGAACUGCAACUCCUUUAUUAUAUUUAGAAAUCCAAUAAACUUCUUAUUACAUAUA